GUUAUGUUUAAUAACUAACCGUGUUUACUGAAAAUGCACCGAAUGUAGUCUAUUGUAGUGCUGGAGUAUUUGCAUUUUAUUCAAACUUGUUUCAAACAAAAAAUAAGUCUAGGACUGUGAAAGGCUAUUGGUUGCCAUGAUGGUUGGGUCACCCAUGAGUCCUCAGGAUGCGGCAGCCCAGUUGACUGCUUUUAAAUCCUAUGUCCAGCUCAUUGCAGACACUACACCAGGCAUUGUGGAAAAGAAACUAAAAGCAGCUCAAGAACUCAGUGAGAAUUUUGAGAGUGUUGUUGCAUUGCCACAAUAUCCUCAAUUUCUCGCUGAACUUAUGAGAGUUUUUCUAAAAAUUCUGGAUGAAGGGGAACCACAAUUUAUUGCAGAACAAAACAUACAGCAAUUGAGGAAGCUGCUGCUGGAGAUAAUACACCGCAUACCUUGCAAUGAUCACUUGAAGAAAUAUGUGCAACAGAUAUUGACUCUGAUGUUCAGGCUUUUAAAAAUUGAAAAUGAAGACAAUGUGCUAGUGUGUAUCCGAAUUAUUCUUGAACUUCACAAGCAGUACAGGCCACAGAUGAAUGAAGAGAUUACAGAGUUCAUGAAGUUUGUGAAGGGUAUCUAUAGCAACCUACCAAGCCACUUGCCUCGUAUCUUUGAACCAAGAUCUCAGAAAAAAGUGAAAGACUUGUCAGACAUCAAUGUUGAAGUUUGGUUGCAAGAUAUUUUUACUGUCACCACUGUUCUUACAGACAAAAAAAAUGCUGAAAACCAAAGUGUACAGUACAACAUAAUUCCAAUGGGUGUGCAGAGUCUGAAGGUGCUGGCAGAACUUCCUGUGAUUGUUGUGUUGAUGUACCAAAUGUACAAGCAACAAGUACAGAAUGAUAUGGUUGAAUUUAUUCCUUUGAUCAUGAACACAAUCACUCUUCAGCCAUCAGCCCAGCAUAGAAAUAGUCUAAAUUUUAACAAAGAGGUGUUUGUAGAUUUUAUUGCUGCUCAAAUAAAAACGUUAUCAUUCUUGGCAUACAUUAUCAAGAUAUACCAGGGAGCUGUUAACAGCCACUCACAGCAAAUGGUGCAAGGACUAUUGGGUCUGAUGGCUUUAUGUCCACAAGAAGUUGCUCAUUUAAGGAAGGAACUCUUGAUGGCUGCUAGACAUAUUCUUUCAACUGAUCUUAGAAAUAGAUUUGUACCUGUCAUUGAAAAGUUGUUUGAUGAAAACACAUUGAUUGGGUCGGGGUGGACAACUUAUGAGUCAUUGAGGCCUCUGGCAUACAGCACAUUAGCAGAUCUUGUUCACCAUGUUCGCAACAAUCUGUCACUCCAUGACCUCUCCCUGGCUGUCAACCUUUUCUCUAAGAAUGUCCAUGAUGACUCACUACCCAGCAGCAUUCAAACUAUGUCUUGUAAACUCUUGCUUAACUUAGUUGAUUGUAUUAGAACAAAAAGUGACUUGGAAAAUGGAAAUGUGAUUUUAAAACUUCUUCCCAAAAAAAUAAUCCAGGGUAGAGAACUUCUUCUUAGGAUGUCAGAGGUGUUUGUCAUUAAGUUCAAAACAAUUGCCAAGGUCCAACUUCCACUUUUGUUAAGUAAAUGUAAACCAAUUAAUGAACCUUCCAAGAUGGCAGAGGCAAAAGUUGUUUGCCCAUCACCAACUAGUGCUCAGGUUGCCCAACAGUUAAUAGCUUCAGGAGAUGGAAAGUUGCCAGAGUCAAUCAAAGAUGAAAAGUUGCAGUCAUUGUUUACCACAAGUGUUGAAGCUAAAGACAAAGAAGACAAGCCCAUGAUGAGAUUUGGUGCUAUACCCAACCACAACAGUCCAUACUCAGUUUCAGAAUGUCGCAGUCUAAUGAAGACUCUAGUGUGUGGAGUAAAAACCAUCACCUGGGGAACACUUAACUGCAAAGCACCUGGUAUAGGAAAUAGUAAACAGUUCCAGACCAAGGAAAUUCUAGUCUAUGUCAGAUUGUUAAAGUAUGCACUAAAGGCCCUCGACAUCUACACAAUUUGUGUCAACCCCAAUGGAGGCUUGUACGUCAGGUCACAGAGCAUACAGAAUGUCAAGGUUAAAGAAGAAAAAGAAGCUUUGGAACAUUUUGCUGGUGUGUUUACCAUGUUGACACCCAUUUCCUUCAAAGAAAUUUUUUCAUCUGUUAUUGAGUACAUGGUGGACAGGAUACAUGGCAACUUUGCUCUUCAGAUUGUUGCCAAUUCAUUUCUUGCACAUAUGACCACCUCAGCAACGUUUGCCACAAUACUUGUUGAGUAUCUUUUGGAAAGGAUUCAUGAAAUGGGAUCAAAUGUUGAGCGAUCAAAUCUGUAUCUGAAAUUGUUCAAAAUGGUAUUUGGUUCAGUCUCCUUGUUUGCUGCAGAAAAUGAACAAAUGCUGAAACCCCAUUUACAUACAAUAGUCAACCGUUCCAUGGAGCUGGCUUUGUCUGCCAAUGAGCCGUACAACUAUUUCCUGUUGCUGAGAGCUUUGUUUAGAUCCAUUGGCGGAGGAAGUCAUGAUCUGCUCUAUCAGGAGUUUCUUCCUUUGCUGCCAAACCUCUUGCAAGGCCUAAACAGCUUGCAGAGUGGGUUACAUAGGCAGCACAUGAAGGAUCUGUUUGUAGAGUUGUGUCUAACUGUUCCUGUACGCCUCAGUUCACUGCUGCCCUAUCUGCCAAUGUUAAUGGAUCCGCUUGUCUCAGCUCUCAAUGGCUCUCAGACCUUGAUUAAUCAGGGUCUGAGAACAUUGGAGCUGUGUGUUGACAACUUACAACCUGAUUUCCUCUAUGACCACAUUCAACCUGUCCGUGCUGAGCUGAUGCAGGCAUUGUGGAGGACUUUAAAAAAUCCACAAGAUGCAACUGCAGCCACAGCUUUCAGGGUUCUGGGCAAGUUUGGUGGUGGGAACCGCAAGAUGUUAAGGGAGCCUCAAGUUGUUAGUAUAGCUCCAAAUCUUCAGUACAAUUCCAAAGAAACAGUUGGUCCUUGUAUAAACAUUCACUUUCAAGAGUGCAAAACUCCUGUAUCUCUGCCAGUUGAAAAGGCUGUAGAAACUGCACUUACCACACUGAAGAGCUCUCUGAUAGAUUCUUACAACAGAAGACAGGCAUAUGAGCUGAUCAGAUGUUUUCUAAUUUCUGUCAUGAAUCUGGAAGAUGAUAAACUUACUCUCUUGCAUUUGUUUUCUCACCCAAGCUUUAAAGAAAAGGAUAUAGGCCAACUAAAUGCUCAAUGCUACAAGAACCCAGACUCUUAUUCUCGCAAGGUUCAUGAGCAAGCUCUCACAGGGAUGUUUGUUGCUGCAGCAAUCAAGGACCUCAGGCCUACUGCCCUUCCCUUCAUGGCUUGCAUGGUUCGACACUAUACCCUCAUCUCCAUUUCACAGCAGUGUGGUCCAUUUCCUGUUGGGGAGAAGCAAACAAAACUUCAAGGGAUGGACACCCAGAUUUUGGUGGAUGCCCUCAGCACAAUCAUGGGACAUGAGGAGAAAGAGCUGUGUAAGCCAGGAAACUUCUCUCUGGCCAUCAUCAUUGACACCGCCACCACCAUUCUUGGUACAAAGGAUAGGGCAUGUCAGCUUCCACUGUUUGAAUAUGUUGCUGAAAAGAUGUGCGAUCUUUGUUACAAUCGUGCAUGGUACUCAAAAUAUGGAGGGUGUUUGGCCAUUAAGUCUUUGUAUGAAAGAAUGAGCUUGAAAUGGGUUUUGGAGCAUCAGUACACAUUCCUGAAGGCCCUGCUUUUUGUUAUCAAUGAUCUGACUAGUGAGGUUUCCAGUGGAGCUGUUGAACUUGCCCAGAAAUGUGUUGAGGAAAUGUUGAGAUUGUGUGCCAAGCCAUUAGAAGGUGAUGAAGCAACUGAAGAUUUAAUUGCUGCCCAAAAAAAAUCAAUUUAUGAUGUUGCCCAUAAACUGAUUCCACAAAUCACAACCUCAAAUACAUUGGUCAGGCAACAGUGUAUGAAAUCACUGAAGACCUUAGCUGAGGUGUCCAAGAAAACAGUGACAGAGAUCAUGGAGCCACAUAAAGAACUGUUGCAGGACAUGAUUCCACCCAAGAAACAUCUGCUCAGGCACAUAGCUCUGGUGUCUCAGAUUGGAAUCAUGGAUGGCUAUACCUUCUGUGUAACACUGGAGCCAAGAUUGUUUAACUUUGAUGCCAAUCAGCUGGAGCAUGGUGUUUUCUUCCAUGAGGUGUUCAACAUGUGUGAUGCUGAAGAGUCUGUACUGAUGAAACAGCCUUGUUAUAAGAAUGUCACCAAUUUGGUGCCCUUAAAGAAAAGUGCACUCAAGGCACUAGCUGCAUGUAAUCUUGUCCUAAACAAGAAGGAAAAGAUUUUCCAAACACUGUACAAAGCCCUCAACAGUUCCAACUCUGAGAUCCAAGAGACAGCUCACGAGUCAAUGAAAAUGUUUAUGCAAGGCUGUACAAUAGAUGUAGACAUGGCAUAUGGUGCCAUGAGACCCUUACUGUCUGUGUUGGGAGACUACCGAGGGUUGAAUCUCAGCAUCAUCAAAAGGCUCUCAUCUUUGGUGCAGCUCUUCCCUACCAGCUUUAAUGAAAAACUAUGUGAAUCUAUGCAGGGCCAUCUGAAGAAGUGGAUUGAAACUGCUCACACUAAUCAGAAGACAGGACAGCCUCGGCCUGCUGGUCAGGUUCUGUCCACUGAAGUGCAGUUGUGUGCAGCAAUUAUCAACAUUUUUCACUUGAUUCCUGCUGCCAGCAAAAAUCUGAUUGAGCCAUUAACAACUCUGGUUAUUCUUGGUGAGAGAGCUCUUCUGAUGGAGGCCAGCAGUCCUUUCCGUGAGCCACUCAUGAAGUUUCAACUCAAGUACCCCACACAAGUUGUGGACUUGUUUCUUUCUGAAAAUGCUCUCAAAGAUCAGCAAUGGUGCAGAUAUUUUGAGUAUCUACUACACCACCCAGAUGGGACUAAAUUUUGUGAAGCCCUCAGAGCUAACCCCAUGCGUUUAGCCAACAUGUUAUCUGGACAACUGCAGGCAACUCCAGCCAGUCCCAUAGCAAGUCCAGCUCCAGUUAAAACAGAUCUUCAGUAUAGAGCUGUAAGACUCAUUGCUCUCCUGGUGAGGUAUGAUGAAAAAUGGCUGCCCCAACAACCUCAAAUGAGAACCUUGCUCUUAUCAAUCUGGGUAUCUGAUGCCUUCUUGGAGCGCCAUAAAGCUGUGGAUGAACUUGAUUAUGUAUAUUGGAAGGAACCAGCCCUCAUUUUAAAGUGCCUAGUCAAUUAUUUCAAGCACCACACAGAUGACUGUGAACUACUUUUCCACAUCCUCCGCUGCUUUGUGAACCGAUUCAUUCCACAGUUCCAGUUUGUUAAAGAUUUUCUUGAUGAAACUGUUGCUAAGAACUACACUGCUGAAUGGAAGAGAAAAGCUUUUUUUAAGUUUGUAGCUGUUUUCCAUGAUCAAAGCUGGCCACAGGAGCUCAAAGCAAAGAUCCUGCAGUACGUGCUGAUCCCAUGCUUCUACCACUCCUUUGAGAAAGGGGAAGGGGAUAAACUCAUUGGUGGGCCACCCGCGCCAGACCAGGAUAAUGAUGAGAAUGUCAUCAGCAUUUUCAUCAACCGUAUCAUUGACCCAGAGAAUCCCUUUGGUACAUCUGAUGCUGUGAGGAUCUUGUUGCUACAGUUCUCCUCCCUGCUGGUGGAGCAGGCAUCUUCACAUAUACAUGAUGCAGCUAACAAGAAACAGGGCAACAAACUGAGGAGGCUGAUGACCUUUGCCUGGCCCUGCCUGGUGUCCAAAAACUGUGUGGAUCCAGCAACCAAGUACCACGGCCAUCUUCUGCUGGCACACAUCAUUGCCAAGUUUGCCAUUCACAAGAGGAUUGUCUUACAGGUGUUCCAUAGCCUUCUUAAAGCCCAUGCUAAUGAAGCUAAGAUGGUAGUACGACAGUCUCUUGAGUACUUAACGCCAGCCAUGCCAGGGCGUAUGGAAGAUGGAAAUGGUAUGCUGACACAUUGGACAAAGAAAAUAAUAGUUGAAGAAGGCCACAGUGUUAACCAAUUGGUUCAUAUCCUACAACUGGUAGUCAGACAUUACAAAGUGUACUACCCAGUUAGGCACAGCUUGCUCCAGCACAUGGUUAGCUCCCUGCAACGUCUUGGUUUCUCUCUCAGUGCAAGUUUGGAGCACCGUAAACUCGCAGUUGAUCUGGCUGACAUUAUAAUCAAGUGGGAGCUGAUGAGGAUCAAGGAGGAACAAGAAGGGAAUGGAGAACCUCAGUCCCCCAACCCAGAAGGGGGCUCAACUCCUGGUUCAACAUCCUCUGGGACAGCUGCUGCUCAGGCCCCAGCCAUCAAACGUUCAUUGUCUUCAGUCAACUCCCCACAGGAACCAAAGAAAGUCAAGGCUGCAGGAACAGCUGGUAGAUCUGAUGUCAAUAAACCUAUAGACAAACAGUACUGUGAUGCUGUGGCUAAUUUCUUGCUCCGCAUUGCUUGCCAGACCCUGCUUGAUCACCACGCACAGGUGAACGAAGCAGCCAGUGGGGCAGUAGGUCACAGCUCUGCAGGUGAGAUGUUGUCCAAACGCUGCGUGGCCCUCCUCAAGCUGACCAUGAGACCUGACGUCUGGCCAAACGUUGAUUUGAAGCUCAGUUUCUUUGACAAGCUCUUGAGCACAGCCACAAGUGCCCAGCCCAACAUCAGCAACAUUGUUGUGGCCCUUGAACUGCUGGAGUUCCUCAUUGGAAAUAUGAAGAAGGAAAUGAUCCUGUCUAGCUUCAAGCCACUCCAAAGGGGGAUCUCUAUGUGCAUGAACUGUAACAACAUCAAAGUGAUACGGGCAGUGCACAAGCUGUUGAUGAGCUUGAUGAGUAUUUUCCCCACAGAAUCUGCCAACUGUUCAGUAGCUUCAAAGUAUGAGGAGCUGGAGGCCCUGUAUGCUUGUGUUAGUAAACUCAUCUAUGAGGGGCUUACCAAUUAUGACAAGAACAAUGGUGGCACCCCAUCACUGUUCAGCACCCUUAUGAUCCUGAAAUCCGCCUGUGAAAACAACCAGUGCUACAUUGACCGCCUGAUCACCAUCUUCAUGAAAGUUUUAACCAAGAUGACCCAUGAGCACUUGAAAAAUCAGGAGACCACUCAGGCCAAUAGAGCCACACCAGCCACCACAGUGGCCACCGCUGCUGCGGCCGCCGCCGCUGCUGCUGCUGCAGCUGUCCAGGACACAGAGAAAGUUCCUUUGGCUACUGUAGGUGGGUCCAGUGAGCUGCUCAUUCUGAGCUUGGAUCUGGUGAAGAAUAGAGUGGGUGUCAUGAGCCAAGAAAUGAGGAAGUCGUUUAUCGGCAACAUUCUUGCUGGAUUGAUUGAAAGGACUGGAGACUCCAAAGUCAUGCGAGCUAUAACUAAAAUGGUGGAAGACUGGAUUAAAAACAAGUCCACCAUAGCUAUCAACCAGUCACCAUCGACCAGAGAAAAAUGCAUCCUUUUAUCUAAACUCAUGAGCAACAUAGAGAGAAGGUUCCCUGCUGAUAUUGAGUUGAACUCGCAGUUCCUGGAUUUGGUACUAUUUAUUUACAGAGAUAAAGAUCUGGAGCGAUCGGAUUUGACCACAAAAUUAGAAAAUGCUUUCUUGGCAGGUCUGAGGUGCAAUCAGCCCCACAUCAGGCAAAAGUUUCUGGAGACGAUGGAAAAGAGCAUUCCUAGAAAAGUGUUUGAUCGUCUGCUGUACAUCAUGUGCUCCCAGAACUGGGAGAAUAUGGGAACUUAUUUCUGGAUCAAACAAGCUCUUGAGCUGAUCCUGGGUGUGUCCUUGAACACAACUAUCAUUCAGAGUUCAUCGCCCAUGAAUUUGUUGCCCAGUGCUGGGUCUGUCAUCAACUUGGCUGACUCCCAGGAGAGAGCAGAUUUUGCAGCUUUGACUAAAGUGAAGGAAGAGCCCAUGGAUGUGGAGUCACUUGACAGCACCAAGGAGGAGGAAGACAUGGAACUGGAGCUAACAUCAGAAGGAAGUGAUGAAACUCCAAAAACUGUGAAAAAAGAAACAGGCCAGACCCUAAAGACCCUGCUCAGCCGUGAAGCAAAGUUCCUGGAUAACUGCAAGGAAGUCAAGACCCAUGAAUACCUGGAAGCAUUGUGUCAGCUGUCCCAUAAUUCCACUGACUUGGCUCACACCACAUGGCUUGAUCUGUUUCCCAGAAUUUGGAAAAUUCUAGCAGACAAACAGCAGGAGAGAGUAAAAAAGGAGCUGGUGCCCUUCUUGACCAGUGGCUCUCAUGUGACACAACGUGACUGCCACCCUAGUGCAGUACACACUCUGGUGGAGGGUAUUGCCUUGUGUGUGCCCCCUAUAAAUAUCAAAGCUUGUGCUCUAAAGUACCUGGCCCGCACCCACAACCUGUGGCACAGGAGCUGUCUACUCCUGGAACAUGCUGUCUUUGACAGCUCACAGCCUGCUAUUGCCAGAUCAGCGGCUAACGAGUAUGAUUUUGAACCACCACCUGUGUUUCCACAUCAGGAAACACUAGAUUGCCUGUGCGAACUGUAUGAGUUGCUACAAGAGGAGGACAUGUUUGUUGGAGUCUGGCAGAAGAGGGCCAAGUACUCAGAAACCAACACAGCAUUGGCCUACAUGCAGCAUGGGUUCUUUGAGCAGGCUCAGACAACAUUUGAAGGGGUGAUGGCUAAAAUUCGAAUGGACCACAACACAGCCCCCACACCUAGAGAUGGAUGGCAAGAGCUAAGGCUGAUUGAGAAUAGUUGGAUUAAAUGUGCGAAAGAACUGAACCAGUGGGAUAACCUGCUGGAGUAUGCCAACUCUCGUGGGAAUGUCAUUCCUGAACUUAUUCUUGACUGUGCUUGGAGAGUUCCUAAUUGGCCACUGAUGAAAGAUGCACUCAGCCGACAUGCCCCUCCCCAGGUGGAAGGCAACUUUAAGAGGGAACUACAGUGGAAGAUAAAUCUGUACAAGGGAUACCUGGCCAUCUGUCAUUCAGAAGACCAUCACCUUAAUCCUCAGCAGAUUGAGCGCCUAGUAGAGACUUGUGGCAAUCAGGUCAUCAAAGAAUGGAGAAGGUUGCCAAACAUUGUUUCACAGAUACAUGUCCAGUAUCUGCAAGCUGCUCAGAUGAUCAUGGAGCUUCAAGAGGCCGCUCAGAUUAACCAGGGCCUUCAGCCUGCCAACAUAUCUCGUACCUCCAGCGUACAUGACAUGAAGGCCAUUGUUAAAACAUGGAAAAACCGUCUGCCCAUGAUAUCUGAUGACCUUUCACACUGGAGUGACAUCUUCACCUGGAGACAGCACCACUAUCAGUUUAUCAUUCAACAUUAUGAAAGCCAAGCUCCUAUGGAGAAUAACACCAACUCCAUGCUGGGUGUACAUGCCACAGCCCAGUCCAUCAUUCACUUUGGAAAGAUUGCUCGCAAACAUGGACUCAUUGGUGUCAGCCUAGACACUCUCAGCCGUAUACACAGUAUCACCAGUGUGCCAGUAGUUGACUGUUUCCAGAAGGUCAGACAACAGGUCAAGUGCUACAUGCAUAUGGGGGGCUCACUAAAUAAAAGUGAAUUCACCGAGUCUUACUUACAGGGCUUGGAUGUGAUUGAAGUGACCAACCUAAAGUUCUUCACCAAAGAGAUGAUGGCUGAGUUAUAUGCCAUGAAGGGCUACUUCCUGCAACACCUGAACCGCUCCGAAGAGGCCAACAAGGUGUUUGCCGCUGCUGUCCAGCUCCACGACUGCUUGGUCAAUGCCUGGGCUCUGUGGGGAGAAUAUCUGGAGGCCAUGUUCACCAGAGACAGGGUAAUGGAGCUAGGUGAAGGGGCUACCAUUUGCUACCUACAUGCUUGUCGUUCCUCCAUUGAGGGCCGGACACGCAAAUACCUGGCCAAAGCUAUUUGGCUGCUGACCUAUGAUGAUGAGAACUUGACCAUAGCCAACACGCUGGACAAACACCACCAGGGUAUUUUAGCCAUCCACUGGCUGCCAUGGAUUCCCCAGCUACUGACCUGUUUGGUACGCAAGGAAGGCAAACUGAUCAUGAAUCUCCUGACAACUGUGGGGCGCAUGUACCCACAGGCUGUUUACUUCCCCAUCAGGACUUUGUACUUCACCCUCAAGCUUGAGCAGAGGGAGAGACACAAGAGAGCUGGCAUAGACCCCAACAGAGCAGCAACUCCCAGCACUACUGGAGCAACCAGCACAACUCCAGCCACAGCUGCCACGCCCACCGUUACCAUGGCAACCACACCAACAACCCCUGGGCAGAAUCUUGGUGAAGGCUUGCUUGGAGUCCUGGGUGGGUCAGUGGUUUCAGAUUUCCUGGCGAGUGUGACAGCCAACAGCACAACCCAGGCUUCAACUGGAGGCCAGACAGCUACAACCCCAAGACCAGAUGCCUCAGGGUCAGAGACUGGGCCAAUCAAGGCACCAGACUCCAUGUGGCGUUGCUCUAAGAUCAUAGCCACACAGCGGGAUGCCCACCCCACUGUUCUCACCACACUUGAAGGCAUUGUUGAACAGAUGGUUUGGUUUAGAGAGAACUGGUAUGAAGAGGUUUUGCGCCAGUUAAGACAAGGAUUAGAGAAAUGUUAUGGUGUUGCGUUUGAAAAUCGGGCAUCAGUAACUGAAGCAACCAUCACGCCACACACUCUGAACUUUGUGAAAAAACUUGUCAGCACUUUUGGUGUUGGUGUAGAAAAUGUCUCCAACACUGCCUCAUUUAGUGGUGCUGCCUCUGAGUCUCUGGCUCGUAGAGCUCAGGCCACUGCCCAGGAUCCUGUUUUCCAGAAGAUGAAGAGUCAGUUUACUACUGAUUUUGAUUUCAGUGUGCCUGGGUCAACAAAGCUGCACAAUCUUAUCAAUAAAUUGAAGAAAUGGAUAAAAAUCUUGGAAGCUAAAACAAAACUGUUCCCCAAAUCAUUCCUGAUAGAAGAAAAAUGUAGUGUGUUGAGUAACUUCACAUCCAGUACAGCAGAGAUUGAAAUGCCAGGAGAAUUUCUGCUGCCCAAGCACAACCAUUACUAUGUGAGAAUAGCCCGCUUUAUGCCUAGAGUUGAGAUUGUUCAGAAACACAACACUGCUGCGCGAAGACUUUACAUCCGUGGUCAGAAUGGCAAGGAAUAUCCAUACCUCAUUGUAAAUGAUGGAUGCCUCAUUGAGUCUAGAAGGGAGGAAAGAACUCUACAGCUGUUGAGGAUGUUAAAUCAGUUUCUUACCAAACAGAAGGAAACUAGUCGCAGACUGCUGUACUUCACUGUGCCAAGAGUUUUGUCAGUUUCUCCCCAGUUGCGCCUGAUUGAGGAUAACCCAGCAUCAGUCUCACUUUUGGAUAUUUACAAACAGCGAACAAGUAAACGUGGCAUUGAACAUGAUGCCCCCAUUGCACGCUAUUAUGAGAGACUUGCCACUGUACAAGCCCGUGGCUCUCAGGCUUCCCAUCAAGUUUUAAGGGACAUUCUUAAAGAGGUCCAAACUAAUAUGGUCCCAAGAGGCUUGCUUAAAGAAUGGGCUCUUAAUACCUUCCUGGAUGCUACUGACUACUGGACCUUCAGAAAAAGUUUGACGAUCCAGCUUGCUCUGAUGGGUUUAGCAGAGUUUGUUUUCCACCUGACCCGCAUGAACCCAGAUCAGAUGUACCUUCACCAGGACUGUGGCUAUUUGAGCAUCUCCUUCUUCAAGUUUGAUGUGGAUGACCAGACUGGUGACCUGGAUGCAAACCGACCUGUUCCAUUUAGACUGACCCCCAACAUUGCGGAGUUCCUGACCUAUACUGGUGUCAUUGGUCCUUUGACCGCAGCCAUGGUCUCAACAGCUCGCUGUCUUGUACAGCCACAGUACAAGCUGCCGUCUUUCUUGAGGACCAUCUUGAGGGAUGAGUACAUCACUUGGCACAAGAAGAAAAUGGAAGAGAGCAAUCCUUUAGAGGAGCCACCAGACAUGGAAGGGGAGCAACUUGUGAAUCUGGUCAACAAGGCUGUGGCUGCCAUAACAACAAGGGUGCAGAACCUGGCCUCUUUUGAAGGGGCAGAGAGCAGAGUGAGUACCCUAGUUACAGCGGCCACUAAUACAGACAAUCUCUGUCGCAUGGACCCUGCAUGGCACCCUUGGUUGUAGACAAAGACCAUGGAUCUGUUGCGACAUAACCAGGACCACAUUUGCUCCAGUUGUAUUCAAUCAGUUAAAGGCAGCUAGUGUUCAGAACAUGUUUUUAUUUGUUUUUGUUUUUUUUUAAAUAAUUUUUUAAUGUCUUUUGUUCAUUUUUUAAUAUCAUGUAUAAUUUUAUCUGCAAUUAAGUCAUUAAGUCUGAAUGUUGUUUGUACCAUUUAUAGUUUUUAAUUUUUUUCUGUAUAGUGUUGAGUAGAAAACUUUUAAUCUUGUCAAACAUUCUUAUGUUAUAACAUGAAUGAUAUUACUUUGUUAUUAAAAUAAUAAUUUUAGGUGUUUAUUUAUGAAUGUCAAUACAUACAAUUAAAUCUUAUUGUUAAAUUUAUAUAAUUAGAACAUUUUGAUGAAUUUAAAUCAAAAGACAAAUGAAUGUGUUGUAAAUUUUGUUGUUGCCCUCAAACUGUCAGUAAUUUAAUGUUCAUUUUUCAUGUAAAACUCUUGAUAUUUUUGCAAUGCCAUAAGUUGACACAGCAUUAUUUACAGGAAGGUAUACUUUAAAUUGGUUAUUAAUUGAUAGUAGUAAUGAAAAAUAAUUGUAUUAGUAAUGAGUUGUAAUUCUGUAUUAGAUGUAAAUUUUAUUUUCUUGUUAAAAAUUCUUGAAUGAUGUAUAUUAAGAUGUUGAGAUUGUGUGUUAAUGAGUACAAAUAAAGGU